ACCGCGUGAACCGGGCAGGGAAGGAUGCACUGUCUGCAGCUUACCUGGCUUUAUUAUUAAACCACCCGGUUCACGUGGUCAGCCCAGCCCAGCACAGUAUUCUGCCACAUCAACAAGGUAUUUUCAACCUGGUGAUUUUGUCUCUCUGUCCCUCUCAGCCGAGACGGGAGAGCUGCUGCUGCUGCUGCUGUGAGGGAGAGGGGUGCGCGCAGUUGGAAAAGCUUUUUUUAUUCCCAUAGCUCCUCCUCUGUCGUCGGAGAGCGGAGGCCGGUCAUAUUGCGUUCAAUGAGAACACGAGGGCACCGGAGAGGAUUUCCUAAUUCCAAGCUGCUGCGGUGCCGUGCGGCUGUUUUCUCGCCUCUGUCAAAGCAGGGCUAAUAUGAAGACACCGUUUGGCAAACCAGACCCUGGAAAGCACCUACUAUCUUUUCAACUCAUUUGAAACUGAAGACAGCACCAUGCGUUGUCGCUGGUAAAACCCUCUCCCUCCCCUCCCCCUCUUCCUACCUAGCCAUUGAGUGAAGACCCCACGAGCUGCACAGAGAUGGUUUCACAUCAACCCUGCAUGGAUACACUAGAGCGAAGACCCCUGCUGGGUGUUGCUUGUACGCAGCAGCGCAGCCGGUGUCUGCGGAAAAAGCUGAGGCCUGUGCGGAUCUUAGGGUUUGUCUUCAGCCUAGUGGCAGUAAGUGUCGUCUCCCUCAGUGCCUUGACCUGGAGCUCAGGGCAUGUCAGCGAGCUGCUGCUCCCCCAGGAGAGUCUCCACCAGUUGGCCCCCCACCGGACUCUGCUUUCCACCUAUCAGCAAAAGGACCCCAAUGUUUCAUCCAACACGUCAGUAGCAUUUAAAUCUACAGUAGACGGCAAUGAGAGCCAGGGGUCGUACCCCCCAGACUUUUUCACCCAGGACCAGAGGCGCCAAGGAGCAGUGGUCCUCCACAUGUUUGGCAUGAUCUACAUGUUCAUUGCCUUAGCCAUAGUGUGUGAUGAGUUCUUCGUCCCAGCCCUCACAGUCAUCACAGAGAAGCUGGCCAUUUCUGAUGACGUAGCAGGUGCCACCUUCAUGGCGGCAGGCGGCUCGGCUCCGGAGCUCUUCACCUCCAUCAUUGGCGUCUUCAUCUCGCACAGCAACGUGGGCAUCGGGACCAUUGUGGGCUCGGCUGUCUUCAAUAUUCUCUUUGUCAUUGGGAUGUGUGCCAUCUUCUCCAAGGAGAUCCUCAACCUUACAUGGUGGCCGCUCUUCCGUGACGUCUCCUUCUACAUCCUGGAUCUGACAAUGCUAAUCAUCUUCUUCCUGGAUAACAUCAUCUCCAUGUGGGAAAGUAUCUUGCUGCUCUCAGCCUACGGCGCCUACGUGAUCUUCAUGAAGUUCAACAGCAAAGUCGAGACCUUCGUCAAAGAUUGCAUGAACAAGAACCAAGUGGUAGAAGUAGAGGUGCAGCCCAAGGAUGAGAAGACGAAUGCUGGGGCACCAGAGGAUGAUGGCAAGCUGUCGUCGAGACCUCGUCUGCAGAGGGGGGGCAGCUCGGCCUCCCUGCACAACAGCUUGAUGAGGAACAGCAUUUUCCAGCUGAUGAUUCACACACUGGACCCUUUAAGUGAAGAAUUUGCUGACUCUGAGCUUGGGACUUAUGGGAAACUAAAAUAUUAUCACUCAAUGACUGAGGAAGGUAAAUUUCGUGAGAAGGCGUCUAUCCUCCACAAGAUUGCUAAGAAGAAAUGCCAAGUGGAAGACAGUGAGAAAGCCAAUGGAGUAGCAAGCUGUUCAGAUAUGAACCUUCCAAACAGCUCCAACGUGGAAGUGGAAGUGACACCGCCCAUGAAUGGAACAGCAGGGCAGGAGGGGGAGACGGCUGAGGAUGAGGAGGAAGAGGACCAGCCCCUGAGUUUGUCGUGGCCCGAAUCCAACCGCAAGCGCUUCACCUACCUCUUCAUCAUGCCGAUCGUCCUCCCCCUGUGGCUAACGCUGCCUGAUGUCAGGAAACCGUCAUCAAAGAAGUUCUUCCCCAUCACCUUCCUGGGUGCCAUCUGCUGGAUUGCAGGCUUCUCUUACCUAAUGGUGUGGUGGGCUCACCAGGUUGGAGAUACCAUUGGGAUUGCAGAGGAGAUUAUGGGCCUGACUAUAUUAGCUGCCGGGACCUCCAUCCCUGACCUCAUCACCAGUGUUAUUGUGGCACGCAAGGGGCUGGGUGACAUGGCUGUGUCCAGCUCCGUAGGCUCCAACAUCUUCGACAUUACUGUUGGCCUGCCGUUCCCCUGGCUCAUGUGGUCCUCGGUCAAUGGGCUGAAACCGGUGCAAGUCAGCUCCAACGGCCUCUUCUGUGCCAUUGUGCUUCUCUUCCUCAUGCUCCUCUUCGUCAUCAUCUCCAUCGCCGCCUGCAAGUGGCGCAUGAGCAAGCUGCUCGGCUUCAUCAUGUUCACGCUGUACCUCGUUUUCCUGGUGGUUAGCGUCAUGCUGGAGAACAAGAACAUUUCCUGUCCAGUGACCGUGUGAGGGCCUCCUUCCUCUCCCUCGUCACCACUACAACCAUCCUCACCUGAACUCUGUGAUCCUUUACCCCAGACUAAAAGAAGAAAGAGGAGGGCUGUACAAAAGGAUAAUCUAUAUAUAUGGACUCUCCCAGUAAACGGGUGCUGAUCUGGAGUGGAUAAACCAACAGAGGAACACGACUUUGGCUUGUCUGGUUUAGCGUUGGCCUGACAUGAGUGGUUUUUUAUUUAUUAUUUAUUAUUUAAUUGGCAGGUACAGGGGCUAAGGGGUUAUCAUCCAAAUAUAGAACCGUUAUGCAUGCCAUUAGUGUCACUAGUUGAGCUGGAAUCAAGAAUAUUCCUGGUAAGUUAAACAAUAAUAAUAAAUGCAGUGACUGUGCUGAAGCAUAUAUGAACUAGUUCAACAGACGAAGAGGAAACUGGAUGAGGAAAUAGCAAACGGUGUGCAUGAGGAUUUUGUCCUGAACACGCUGUGGGUUUGCACCCAAGCAACAGCAGAUGAAAGACUCUUGUUAAGUGGAUGAACUUCUUUGUUUUUUCUAGUUUUGUUUAGUUUCUUUGCAGAUUCAUCUGUGCUCAGUCUGAGUGAUGAGUUUCAGCUUCCCCUUUUCACUGCCCGAUGCCGUUUUCCACCCCUGAAUGUCUCCUCAGAGGACUCUUCUUUUAUAAAUUUUGGAUUUAUGAAUAUAUUGAAGUAGCAUUAGGUGUUCUGUAGCAGUAUUAGCUGGUGUAGAGUCCUCUUGACAAUCUGCUCCUCUUUUCAUCUUUUGCCACUGAGCACAUGUUCUGAUUGUACAGAACUUUUCACGCUUCACAAGCACCGACCGAUAAAGAUGAGGAAAAAAAAAAAAACCUAACUGAAGUUUAGCCUCUCAAAAUAUAUGCUAACCUUCAAUAUCUUUCACUGGUUGGUAAAAAGCAUGAGUACUUUAGGCCCAUUGAGGCUCCAUAAUGAAGUCAAUGUCAAAAUAAUAAUAUUUGAAACAAACCUAGCAGUGUUUAAGCGUCAUGGUUUAUUUAGAUUAGUCGAUAUGUAAUGCUUUGUUCACUGUAGAACUGGGCUCAGCUCUCAGGCUAGUCAAGGUCCUGUGGUAGUAGCUUCAAGGAGCCAACUGCAUGUAAAAACAAAAAAAUAGACACUUGGAGGUGAAUAAUACCAGUCAACAUUUAAGAAUAUGCUUUUUCAAACACAUUUCAGAACUUCUUCAUGCAAACCAGUGCUCAGUUUCUGUGUAGAAAAUGUCAACAUGUAUCCAACGUGUGUGAUUUUCUUUUCUAAUCAAAGGUGCUUUAGUGUGCAUGUGUGCAGUCUGCAUGUAAAGUCACCACACAAUGACCAUUCCUUAAAUUUAUCCACUAUACGACCAGUGUAUUUGCAGCUAAUUGCAAAAAAACAUACACACUAAUAUUAUGUUUUAUACUAGAAGUAGAAAUUAUAACCACAGUCUGUCUGUAAGCUACAUACACAGAUUUAACAGCAAUAUAAAGUGUGUCUCUUCACUGAGAACUGCACCCCCGCUCCUCCCUGACCGAAGACGUCCAAAACACCUGUAAAAGAAAGCAGGAGGUGGUUUCUCCUAAAACGGACCCGUUCCUGUUAGAGCUGGCCAGAAACACCCUGUUUACCUCAGCAGCGCCUCUGUACAGCAGCUUAGCAGAACUGUAAAAUAAUAGUAUAUAGAUUCUCUGAAUGUGUGAGGAGAAAUGCAUGCAAGGCGUCUGGGCUGCUUACCCACCGGCUGUACAGCUGAGCUUAGACCAACCAUAUAAAUUCACUUUUAUGCAUCCAUGCAGAGAGGAACACCAAGAACUCAUUGGUUUUACUUUGUAAAUAUACAGUAAAUGGUUCACACAUGUGCUUUAUUCACUUUUAUUUAUUUUCUGUAAUCGUAGAUGGAAACGGACACAAAUGCCCUUUAGUAUCAUUAUUACUGAGCAAACCUACAUUGUCUAAUUAGCAUGCAUUCAGCUGUAAACAUGCCUGUCCAGUUUGCUGUUCAGGGCUUUAAACACCAUUUUGCCUGUUUGGAUUCAACAAGUAGGACUUAGAGAUGCUGCCACCGUGAUACAGGCUGCAGAAGAACAGGAAAAUCAGCCAGUAAACCAGAGUUCAAUGUUAAACGACCGUAUAUUGUAGUAUGCUCUCAUGUUGUAUAUUUUUCCACCACCCAGAUUCAGAGUCCAUUUCAAGGCUUCUAUGAUGACUCAUGCACCUUGUGAAAUUCUCCUGUGCGUAUUCGCCAUUACACUCUUCCCUCGGAGCGCCCACACACCCUCGUUAACAUGAUUACACCUCAGCUCUGGUUUCACUCGCCCUUUUCUUUUAAAAGAAUAAUUUGACAUUUUGAGAAAUAGAUUUAUUCACUUUGUUGCAGAGUUUGGAGAGAAGACUCUCUCUCAUGGACUGUGUUAUAUCACUGUACUGCAGGGUGGGGUGCUAAGGUGAGCUAACCAUUUGCUGACAGUAGAUUCAUAUGUUUUAGUCUCAGCAAAAAAAAGUAAAUAAGUAUAUUUCCCAAAAUGUCUAACUACUGCUUCAACAGCUCAGUAAGGGCCAUAUAUACCCACUAAGGUAACAUGUGCAUACUGUACCUGUGCACUAAAACCCAUCAAAACAAAUGUUUCAUUUCUUGUCUCUGAAGUCCACAUGAUGUUUUUGUGUGAGCACAUGAAUGGUGAGAGAAAAAAGCAAAAAGAAAAUCAGCACGUGAGCUCGGCACUGAUCAGGACCUACCAGGGUAAGUGACCGUGACUGCUGACAACUAAUGAACAUUCUUGCACUGUAAAUAUUUUGAUUUCUUGGUGUUGAUGUAAGAUUUAUUUAAGGUGUACAUAUAUACAGAUACAAAUGAACCAUAUAAUCUAUAUGUGUAAAAGGAAUAUGUCUCUUUACAGUAUGUAAAAACAAUAUUAAAUAUAACAAAUAAAGAUAAUUCCAAUAUGCAACAGUGGGUUUGUUCAUUAAUGUUUAUGCACAUAGCUUGUUACAUUUUGGUAGUGCUUUAAUUUGAAUUAAAUUUCUAAUGCACUAUAGUGGAGUUUCUGACUAUAACUCAUGAUUUAUUCAUGUGUGUGAUAUUAUAUAGAUGCAGUUACUGUGUAUUAGUGUAUCAUUUUCACAGGUGAAAUCGUUUUUCAUAUAAAAUUCUCUUUGUCAUUAACAGUAGGAUACUACUUAGCCUGUGAAAACAGGCAGAGGGGAAGUGCACUAGGAAAAAUACCUUAAAACUUAAAAAAAAUUAAGAUGAUUUUGAUGCAUUUAAAUGCAUUAAAAAUCAGGCUA